AUAUAGAAGCCAACUUUAUAGAAACCUUCUUUCAACAUCCGCUUCACUGGCCGACGGAUACGUUCUUAUACUUUAGGUCCAAAACACUGCUGCCAUGUCUGGAAAGGUUAAUCUGCACUACUUCAAUGGAAGAGGAAAAAUGGAGUCAAUCCGUUGGCUUCUGACAGUUGCAGAAGUGGAGUUUGAUGAGUAUUUUCUGACGACCAGAGAACAGUACCUAAAACUCCUGAAUGAUGGGUCGCUCUUGUUUCAACAGGUUCCACUGGUGGAAAUCGAUGGCAUGAAACUUGUACAGACAAAAGCGAUCCUGCAUUACAUCGCAGAAAAGUACAAUUUCCAUGGAAAAGACAUCAAAGAACGUGCAAUGAUCAACAUGUAUUCAGAGGGACUGAUUGAUCUCAUGGAAAUGAUAAUGAUGCUCCCCUUCACUGCAGACCCCAAACCUAAACUUGAUAAUAUUCAGAGCAAAGCAAAAGAGCGCUACCUGCCCGUAUUUGAAAAGGCCCUGACUGGACCUGUGUACCUGGUGGGAGGGAAGCUAAGCCUUGCAGAUGUGCUGCUGGUUGAGUGUACUUUGAUGCUGGAGGAGAAUUUUCCUGCUAUCCUCAAAGAUUUUCCGAACCUCAAGUCUUUUCAAGGCAGGAUGAUCAAGAUUCCCGCCAUCAGCAGGUUUCUGCAGCCAGGCAGCAAGAGAAAGCCACAGCCGGACGAAACUUACACCAAGACCGUCAUGGAAGUGUUCAACAUCACCGGACCGUUAUAAUCUCCUCUAAUAAAAUCAGGUUCAGGGAUGAAGAAAGCAUUAUUAAAACUGAUGAUUCAUUGUGAGCAUCUGUGGUUCGGGUACAUUGAGUUGAUCUCAAUGUAAAUAACUACUAAAUAACUAAUCUUUUUAACAUUAGUUGAUUUGUGGAAUCAUUUCUUACAAUAUCAAUAUGUAAAUUAAAUAAAGACAUUUUAGAUCACA